AUGGAGCUCAUCGACAGCGGGUUGGCGCUGAUGGAGAUCUCCAUGGGCGAGUCCAGUACAAAGACGAGGAUGAAGAGCAUUAGAGAGGCGGAGCAAACCAAUCUGAGGCGCAUCAGAGAGUCGCAGGAGAGGAUCCGGAGGAGGCAGGAGCAACUUGUUCGCGAUCCACAGCCACCUCUUCGCUACGAGUUUGAGAAGGCUCCUACAGAUGAGCAGGAGGCUGAGGACUACCGUCAAAUGUGGGAGACGUGUUUUCGCCACAAUUUCGGUUCAAUCGACGCGGAAACUUCUCUUGGCCCCAUUUAUACAACCGGAACCAUCCCAGCAGAUGCUCUUCCGGAGAGUUGCAUGCAGAUCUUCUCCAUCAAAGUCACCGACCUAAAUAAUGAUCUCAGCUUGCCACUGGAGGUUCAUGGCUUUGUUGCUGCCAGGGAUUCGGUAGAUCGUAAACGCAACUAUCUCUUCAGACGCACCAGGGAUAACUGCCAAACCCUCACUCCAAAGGAUCCAUUCUUGCACUUAACAGGCCCCUCUCGGGCGGUUCUGUUAGUUGACCCUGUCGGGAUUGAAGUUCAGCUAAAAGUAAAGGGCAAAAAGGAGUCUGAAGAUGAAGUGUUAGCUUUCAAAUGUUUUUAUUUCCACGAAAGGUAUCAUUUAGAAGAUGGGAUCCGUUUUCGCAUCCCCAGCAAGCGUUGCAUGCUUGAGUUUGCUUUGGCAGUGCUGCCUAUGUCAGUUGAGGCCAUUGUGGGCAUCCGAGUUGUUGAUGGGUCAUGGCCUGAUCAUUGUCCAGGGUUACUUGUUUGCAGUACCAACAGUGUAAAAGAAGGGAAAGUGGUGCUGCUUGAUUUUCAAAAUGGAGAGCUGCCUACCAAGUCAGAUGGUGUGGUUGAGCUUGCAAGGCGUGUUGUUUCUGUUGAUUACCCAGAGGGAAAACUUACUGUUUCUGUGGAGGCCUCGCGGGAUCGGUUUUCUGCACGGGGUACAGUCGACUUUGGGAUGAAAGUGCCAAGGGGAAGUACUACUCGCACAUGUGAUCUGGUUUUCUGCAAAAUGCUAGUUACAGUUUCUUGGUCCCUUGUUUCUUGCUAUCGGGUUUAA